UGUGGACAAAGGAGGAAAGCGUUGUCAUUACAACUACCAUAAUAGAAAGAGAGUAGUGAGGCAAACGAAUACAUGCUGGUUGAGUUCCUGCGGCUAAUAGUUAUUUGAUCCUCUGUAUUUUGAAAGAAAGGGAGUUCAAUUUCUGAUAUUUUCCCUGUAUUUUUUAAACAAAAUCUUAAAUCAACAUGCAGCUUCCGCGGGAAGAAUUGCCGGGCGCAGAAGCCCUGGCUUCAUUUUGCAGGGAAGAUGAUGCAAAGUGUGAAUUCACAGAGGAGCUCAGAGGUAUUUUGGAGGUUAUUUCUAGAACUGGAAAGUAUUGGCAUAAUUGGACUAUGUUGAAAAAAUUGUUAUCUUUCCGUUUGAAGCAGGUAUGGUGGAGGUAUGAUUACAUCUUGUCUUAUGUUUUGACAGAAUAUCACGAGUCUCUUAUGGCUGUUGAUUCUGCUGCAUGUGAAAACCUCAUAGCAGGGGAAACAUAUCCAGAAUUAGUUAGCAGGCUUGAGGAAGCUCUUGAUUGCUUUGUUGAGGGUCCUCCAUUUACCCUUCAACGAUUGUGUGAGAUAUUGUUGAAGCCACAAAGCAUCUAUCCUAAUAUAUCGAAGGCAUCUCUUGCAUUGGAAAAGAUUUUGCUGGUGACAUCCACCCUGCCAGUGAGUAUUGAUCCCUAUCCAUCAUUUUCUCUCUCCAGUUCAUAUGAGAAUGGUCCCAAGCAAAAUGGAAGUCACGACACUGCUGCCAAUACCAAUGAAGUUCCUAAUACCACUGAAGUUGCCAAUGCUGCCGAAGCUUCUAAUACUGCCGAAGUUGCCAAAACAGUUGACGCCAUCAUUACAGAUGAAGAGAUGAUUGAUGCUAGCAUGGAUGUUGAUGAGAAAUCAGAGACCAAUGAACGAAAUGGUGACUUGGAUGCAUUUACAAAAAAAACUCCUGAGAUUCCCUGUAAUGGUGACUAGACUCCCGUUUCUGAAUCUGUUACAUAUGAGUCCUGUUUCCAUGUUUUCUUGUUAAAUAUGGGGAAAUAUCGAUCGUUUAGCUCUGACAUUGUUUAUUCUUUAUAUUUUCAAGGAUAUUUUUAAACUUCUGUCUCCCUCUGCUCCUUUCAAUGGAAAAUAUCCUCUGAAAGCUUGUGACUUAUGAGAAAUUUUAAAGAAAACAAGCAACAGCAUAUUUGGGUGCGAAUUAAAAAAAAUCAUCGAAGGAGCAUACUCGGACCCCAAAAGAUUUGUGUCACGUAUCAUGUUUUUGAACUGUAGAUGAUGGGAAGUUAGCAUGCUCCAUGUUUCAGUUCAACGAGGCAAUGUUGUAUCUUAUUCUAAUUAUUAUAUCUGCCCUUCCAGUGAACUGGGAAAUGAAUGGAUGCUGAAACAGUAAGACUGAAUUUUGGGAACAGAUACCCUUAUUGUAGGAACUUAGCAGGCUAUAGAAUUAACGACAAUUAUAAUCAUGGUGUCUAAGCUCGGACCUUCAUACUUUUGCUGAAAUGCAUACAACUUGAAAUGCAUUCAAACAUAAGUCAGGUUCAAAAUGUGUCGAUGAACUUUUAUAAAAUAUGGUGCUCGUGUAAAAGCUCCAGUGCUAUUUUGCUUACAAAA